ACCAUUGCACCCACGCAUCACCACAAUGCCAUCAAACCUCAACUCUUAUCCAUCAAAAAGACACUUGCACAGUCAAAGUGUCUUCGUACUCAGCAUGUGGUAUCCCUACACGCCGACUGCUGGCUCCACCAUGCCGUCGCUGCCGUCAUCGUCAUCGGCGCCAGCAAUUGUCAUGCCGACGAGCCAUUCAUCGAGUUCCGUCAAGUAUCGAGAAGUCGCGUACCAUCUGGACGGUCAGGAUCGAUAUGUCGCGGAGUCGUAUGAAGUUCGGUCCCCUUCACGCCAAUCACCACCGGCACCGCGGGACAUGCAGCACUUGCUGCAGCCAACCGAGUACUCUUUUGCGCCGCAGUCUGUCAUGCGCCCAAGCCUGACUCCCUCCAAGCCAACAUCAAAAAGAUCGAUUAUCAUCGUCCCAUCACGUGAAAGCCUCCAGCAGGACCAACCAGAUACCAAACCUGGGGCUAUCAAAGCCUCGAAGCCAGUAGCGCCUCCGCUGGCACCACGACCACGCCGACUCUCAACGCCGGACUUAUCUGACAUCGAGGACGACCAACCUUUCUGUCACUGCGACUCCAAGAAGAAAUGCGCUAGCGUAUCGUGUCGACGAACGUUGCUUUGUUGCCUUGAUGCUCUGAUUGACUCCACGAUCAAUUAGAUCGAGGGCCUUUUGUGUACUUUGAACUCUGCGUGUUGGUUU